AUGAUGCAUCCGGAGCACUCGGAUGGCGAGUACUCGGGAGAGGAUCGCGAGGAGGCCAUCCGAUGUCCGUUGCGUCACUCCUCCGUGGACCCGUGGACGUGGAGCCGCCGCCACAAGAGUCCGGAGGUGCGGCUGUUCGGAAACAACCUGCGGUUCGCCGACUUCCAUCCGGAUUGGAGCAGCGGCACGGCCGGUGUGCGCGGCACCAAGGUGCUUAACAACGGGAGGUACUACUGGGAGGUGGCGAUUUCGAAGAGGAUCUUCGGCACCAGCAUGAUGUGCGGGAUUGGGACGAGGAGGGCGCGACUGCACGCUGACGCGUUCACGAAUCUCCUGGGGGAAGAUAAGCACGGCUGGGGUUUGUCGCACAAGGGACUUUUGUGGCACGACGGCAGAUGGACAACGUACACUAAGCCAUUUCGAGAAAAUGUUGCAACCACCAUAGGUAUUCUCUUCGACGGUAUAGCGGGUACUCUAACUUACUAUAAAGAUGAUAAAUGUCUAGGUGUUGCGUUUCGUGGUUUAGAUACGGUGAAAGAAGCACUGUAUCCUAUAAUAUGCUCCACUGCUGCCAGAACACAGAUGUAUUUGGCAACAACGAGAAAAGAGUUUGUUAGUUUACAGGAUAGGUGUAAGGUUGUUAUUGUAAAAAGGGUGAAAUCCAAAAAGGACUUAAACAAGCUGAAGAUUCCCACUUGUAUUAUAAAUUAUUUAAUGGAAGGAGUUGUGGAUAAGGUUUCUCCGUUGCAGGAGAUAAACGUUACAAAUAAUUCUUGAUUUUUCUUAUUGGCAAAAAUGUAAAUAUUUUGGUAUCAGCCCGUGGAUUCAAAUAGGCCAUAUUCUUGUAAAUAUUAAUUGGGACAAAUGCCAGUGGUGACAUGUUACCUAAUAUAAAAAAUUAUUUAUAUUUAGAUGUAAAAAUUAAAUUAUGACUGAUAAAGUUCAUACUAAAUUCUAUAAAAAUAAACAUUUUAUAUAUUUAGUUUAUAAAAUUACCCUAAAGAGACUUUUAAAUAAAUUAAUUUUAAGCAAAACAGUUUUCCAUUAGAAACUUAAAUUGAUAUAAUUUAAUAAAUAGUACCUGUAUAUUAACAAUCAGUGUUAUAAUUUGUAAGUUAUGAUGUAUUACUUUUUAGUUGUGAUUACGUUAAAAAAUACAAUUAACUAGUCGUAUUUUGUUAAAGAUGUUAAAGUUUUACUUUUUCAACCAUUUUUGUGCAUUGUGCAAUUUUUCAAUUACAGUUUCUUGAACAAUCGUUGGCUAAAUUUAUACAAGCCGUACGUUUGUUAGGAUUUAAUUUUGAAUUAUUGUUCAUUUCUAGUCAUUUUUAUCUAGUUAAGUGUUAUGUGAUAUUUAUUGCAUUUAGAAUUAAGAGUACAUCUAAGAAGUCUUAGGUUUACCGAAUUUUUGCACAAAAAUUUGUGUAUGUUUGGCCAGUUUGUGCAAUAGAAAAUUGUAAAUAAAAUUUUGUAAAUAAUCUUGCGUAAGAAAACUAAUUAAAAUGUUUGUCUCCAACGCAGGAAUAAAAGUAUUUUGUGAA